GCCAUCCAGUACGGAUAUGUGUGCACGGGUGAAGCGUUCGUCUUCCUCCACAUUCCGGAUGACCCUAACAGCGGAUAUUAUUCUGUACACGUACCCAACCUAGACGUUCGGGACGAUGAUGAGAACGGGCUUCAUGGCACAGCUGUUGCACAGAUCUUCGCCUUCAUCCUUCGGGCCCUCCGUGCGGAACCGCCUCCUUCGUCCUGGCAUGACGCUGCCGCGGCUCUUGGUACCUGGGCAGUAGAAUACGACGACGUACUGAAGAGGAUCCCCAAAACGGUGCGCAAGGGCAAGGAACCGCGCGCCUCUCCCCACCAAUCUCAACGCUGGCGAGGAUUUAAGCGCUCGCCGAUUCGGACUCGCUCUCGGUGCAAGCAAGCCGACAGCAACACAAAGCAUCGAAGCGAUAGUGGUGACGACGAAGGAGUGACACCUCCUUCCCCGACUCCGACGCGAUUAUUCAUACCGACGUAA